CGGAUACGUGUUCUAGAGCCUUCGUCGAAUCACAACCUAGGCAUAAACCAGAGAGCAAGAAAGAGAGAGAGAGAGUGAGGAGUCAGGUUUCUAACCAGGGUUAGUUUUUUAACCGGGCUUUACGCGCUGAGUUAAAGAACAAGCAGAGGGCGAGUCACACAGAAAGCGCAGAGAGAGAGCAGUAGAACAAAGACAGGAACAGAGACAAAGGGCUUGUGGAUUGGAGGGCUAUAAUUCUCCCGACCCCCGAGUCAACUGGGACCGAUUCCUUGCCCUUGAACCACCCUUCUGAUUCCUCUGACUCGGCACUUUAGCCCCGUUUGGGUUCUUCGUCAAAUUGAAAGGUCCUCUAAAGGCCGGCGUCGCUCAGAUCUCUCAUUCUGAUUCUCGCAUUAUUUGGCGCAAUGGCUCCCUGGAUGUAGCUAGCAUCGAGCUACAUCUCGUUUCUCCCUUUGUUUUGUGUUUUGGUUCUUAGAGAAUCUUGGGUGGGAUUUGAAUUUGAGUUUGUUGAUUGAUGAUUGUUGGGGAGACUUGCUCUGCUCUCGAACGAUCGCGGUCGGCUUUGGAGUUGGGUGUCUUCUUGGGAGGGAAGGAGAUCUCUUCCACUGCCACCUCUGUUGCCGGCUGCGUUAAUGUCUCGUGAAUUGGACAGUCCUGUUCAGACCCAGAUGGCAGUGGCAAUCUUUAAGAGUCCGCUUGGGGAGUGCCAUGGGAACAGGAGAAUGGAUGGGAAACAACAGCCUGCUGGGAGGAGACGGGUUUUUGUGCAAACUGAAACUGGGUGUGUUUUGGGGAUGGAAUUAGAUCGCUGUGACAAUGCCCAUACCGUGAAGAGGAGGUUGCAGCUUGCCCUUAAUGUCCCGACCGAGGAGAGCUCACUCACUUUUGGGGAUAUGGUGUUGAAGAAUGAUCUUAGUGCCGUACGAAAUGAUUGCCCUCUUCUUCUUACACGGAAUCUUAUGCAUAGAAGCUCGUCAACCCCUUGCCUGUCUCCCACUGGGAGGGAUAUCCAGCAGAGAGAUCAGAGCAGUCCCAUUGAGGUAUUAGGCCGGUCAAAUCGCUUUACUAAAAUGAAACCACUGGUCAAGGACAUUGUGAAGGCAAUUAAGAUAGGUGUUGAUCCUGUUCUUGUUCAUGGUGGACUUGGCGGUGCAUACUAUUUUAGGAAUAGCAGAGGUGAGAGUGUUGCAAUUGUGAAGCCUACAGAUGAAGAACCUUUUGCGCCAAACAACCCAAAAGGCUUUGUUGGCAAAGCUCUUGGGCAACCAGGUUUGAAGCGUUCGGUGCGGGUUGGGGAGACGGGUUUCAGAGAAGUUGCGGCUUACCUUCUUGACUUUGAACACUUUGCAAAUGUGCCUCCCACCGCCCUUGUGAAGAUCACUCACUCAAUCUUCAAUGUCAAUGAUGGGGUGAAUGGGAAUAAGCCUCACAAGAAAAAGCUGGUAAGCAAGAUUGCAUCUUUCCAACAGUUCAUCCCUCAUGAUUUUGAUGCCAGUGAUCAUGGGACCUCCAGUUUCCCAGUUUCGGCUGUGCAUCGUAUUGGGAUCUUAGACAUUAGGAUUUUUAACACAGACAGGCAUGCGGGAAACCUUUUAGUUAGAAAACUUGAUGGUGUUGGGAGGUUUGGUCAGGUGGAGCUCAUUCCUAUUGAUCACGGCCUUUGCCUGCCAGAAACUUUGGAGGAUCCAUAUUUUGAGUGGAUUCAUUGGCCUCAGGCUUCAAUUCCAUUUUCAGAGGAUGAGCUUGAGUACAUAAAAAAUCUUGACCCAGUUCGGGAAUGUGAGAUGCUGCGUAUGGAACUUCCCAUGAUUCGAGAGGCUUGUCUCCGAGUCUUGGUUCUCUGCACCAUUUUCCUCAAGGAGGCUGCUGCUUUUGGUCUCUGCCUUGCUGAAAUUGGUGAGAUGAUGAGUAGGGAAUUCCGCCGCGGUGAGGAGGAACCCAGUGAACUCGAGGUUGUGUGCAUGGAGGCAAGGAGGACCCUAGCAGAUGAGGUGUUAUCCCCUAAAGCUGAUUCUAUAACUGAGGAUUUCCAAUUUUAUCUAGACUGUGAGGAACUGGAGCCAGAGUUUAGCCCAAGGAUCGCACUAGAUGAUUAUAUGACAAGAGCACCUUUCCAAACUGGAAUGGUGGGUGGUUAUGGCCGCCGUUCACUAUCUACACUAGAGGAAAGCAUCAAGGAGGAGGAUGAGGAAAGUGAAGGAGAAGAAGAGCAAGAGGGAAUUGCAACUCUGCCAGCUCCUGAAAAGAUCCCAACCAUGUCAAAGCUUUCCAUGUCGUUGAAGUAUACCGUUUUAGGCGAGAAGAAUCUAAAGCUCCAGAAACAUGCUGGAUCAAAACUUGAAAAUGGCUACUUAUCCAGUACAUCGUCUGCACACAGGAGCGCAAAUGAGCAGCUUCCUGCAGGCAUGAGCUUCGUGAAGCUGGCAGACAUGAGUGAUGAUGAGUGGACAAUAUUUCUGGAGAAGUUUCAAGAGCUGCUGGACCCAGCUUUUGAGAAACGGAAGUCUGUGACCAUAGGUCAGAGGCAGAGGCAGAGGCUUGGUACUUCGUGCCAGUUUUGAGAUCGAGAUUCCUGUAGUUGCUUGACCGAGAGGAAAGAAUAAUAAGACUUUGUAGGCUUGUAGUUGUGGGGGUGAAGGAUUUGUUAGGAUAGGUUUGGUUUAUGGGUUUUCUUGCAGGCAGUGUUUCUAGUUGGGAGCAACGGUAUUAGUGGUUGCUGUAAAUAUUUUUGGUAACAACCAACUUGUGAGCUGGGUAGAAUUUGGUGUAUUCCUUUGUUUCGUUUCUUUUACUUUUUUUCUUUUUUUCUUUUUAAUUUAUUUUUCCUUCCACUCCAUAUGGACUUGUUUUAUAAAUAAUUUGUAGAAUGCCAUUCCAAAAAAGAAAAUGAUGUGAAUAUAGUCUUCUGUGUUUCUUCGA